AUGGCGCCCUCAAUUACAAGUCUUGAGCACGGGCCUUCGGUCAUCCCCAUCAGCUCCGUGAAGCUACCCAAGAAAGUCCCCACGCAGCUGCCCCAAGAGUCUGUCGAUCUUUCCCUGACUCUCAGCGAUUCCCAUAUCCUUGAAGCUGCACACUCUCAAUAUCUAGAAUACUUGACGCCGGAAUUGGCUCAAGAGCUGGACAUCGAGUCCAUUCUCGUUGUUUGCUGGUUGCUUGUGCUACAUGGGUUCUCUCCCGUGCGAACUAUGUACUUAGAGUUCCACCCGGGAUCCAAUUUGUGCUAUAUAGAUGGUGAACGACAGGGAAUCGACUCGUGUGCUUUGGAGUUCUCUUCGGAGCGUCCAUUAAAAGACCUCGUUCAGGAUUUCUGCCUCGUCAAGGCAGGCACCGAUUCCACUGACGCUGACGAAGGAUCGGCCUCCGAUGGCAGGAAUCAUUUCCUCAGCUCGGCAAUCCGCUAUGCUGGGGACCGUCCAACUUUGCAAGAAGCGCCAACGUCGGCCAACUCAAAGAUCCCCAAUCCCAAGCUCAUGCUCAACGUGAAAAACGACAAUGGAAGAUUACAUGCGAGUCUUGCCUUCUCCUCGCCUGAGGUGUCCAAAGAAUUCGCAACGAGCCUCCUCCACUCCCUGAACAAAGUUGUCGCAUCCAUCUACCGUUCUCCCACAACCUCCUUAGGCGAUCUUGAUUUGUGUUCUGAUCUCGACCUCAUUCUUUUGCAAAAGUUUACAAAGGAGGUUUCGGACCCUCACGAGGUCCUGCUACAUGAUAUGGCACUGGAGCAUGCACGACUGACCCCCGACGCCCCUGCAAUCUGCUCGUGGGAUGGAAACUUCACAUAUCAAGAGUUAGAUGAUGUCACAACCCGUCUUGCCCUUCGCCUAUCAAAUAUGGGCGUUGGUCCCGAAACCUUCGUUCUUAGCUGUUUCGAAAAGUCAUCGUUCGCAAUUAUUGCUCGCCUAGCCAUAUUGAAGGCCGGCGGGGCGUAUAUUUCUAUCGAUGCUAGUGACCCUCCCAUCUUCCUCGACUCAGUUAUCAAUCGCGUCAACGCUAAAGUCAUGCUCACGUCCCCGGAGUAUGUAUCAAAAUACACGUCCCUUAUCCCAGAUGUGAUUGCCAUCUCGGGAGAAAUACUCAAAGAGCUUCCCACAGGGUCUUUGACUUCCACGGUCAAACCGGACAAUGCCUGUCUGAUUCUAUUCACCUCCGGAAGCACAGGUCAGCCCAAGGGUAUUAUCCAGGAACAUCGGUCUUAUGCCGUAGCAAUCCGCGACUACAACAAGGUUCUUGGUCUCGGCCCACAUAGCCGCGUAUUUCAAUUCGAUGACUAUGCAUUCGAUAUCAGUAACAAUGAUUACCUCACAGCUUUGGCCGCCGGUGGGUGUUGCUGUGUCCCUACACCCGAAAAAACCAUAUCUGGCCUGAUUGAAAAUUUCAAUCUGACAAAAGCCAACAUGAGCUUCAUGACACCAACAGUUGCUAUUCAGCUCAACCCAAGAUCUCUCCCAACGUUGGAGUUACUCUGUGUUGGCGGUGAGCCCAUGUCUAAUGAUCUACUCAUGAAAUGGGGUCCUCAUGUGAAGCUCGUAAAUCAGUACGGCAUGGGUGAGGCUGCCACCUUCUGUGCGUACAACGACAACCCGAAAGCAGGCCACAAUGCCGUUGUCGGAAAAUCCGGCAGUGGUGCUAUUUGGAUUGCGAAUGCUUCCUCACCCGAGCGGCCCGUGCCCAUCGGCGCUGUAGGCGAGAUCUUGAUUGAAGGUCCCCACCUCUCUCGCGGGUACUUGGAUGACCUCUGCCAGAAACCUGACGUAGGAUUCCUCAGUGAAGUGCCACGGUGGAUUGCGGAUCUGCACCCGUCACGAGUAUCACGUACUCGCAUCUAUCGCUCUGGUGAUCUGGGUCGGUAUCGCCAUGACGGCACAGUGGAGCACAUGGGCCGAAAAGACACGCUUCUUAAACUCAACGGUGGUCGCGUUGAGUCGACCGAAGUGGAGUACGUUCUUCGAAAGGCUCUUUCACCGGGCGAUUUUACCGUCGUCGAUAUGCUUGGCGAGAUUGACGGUACCGACGAUCCUAUUCUAGUUGCCUAUGUUUACCUCGCUGGGAACCCAGCAAAUCUUCUUCCGGGAAUUUCAGACCACGAAAUGUCGUUUCUUCCGAUCACAAAUCGUGUCCGGGUGAGCAGCUUGGUGGAGUCAAUGCAGAAAGAAGUUGAUAGCACGUUGCCAAAACACAUGAUGCCUAGCAUGUUUCUCCUUGUCGACCGAAUUCCACGUACAAGGUCCAACAAACUUGAUCGCCGAAAGUUGCAUCAGAUCGCCCAAAAGUGGUAUAAAGAUAAUCGAGAUCUGUGA